UUUUGUUUUCGGUUUCUCAAGCAGGCGGUGCAGUGUAGGCGUCAACCUCUUCUGUAAAGUAGUCUGAUACCGCCGUUUUUUGAUUCUUCCGGAGCUAGAUUUCAAAAUGCCUAGGGCAAAGCCAACCAAGCCAGGCGAUCCUGGGUCGCCAUAUCGAUGUGUAGAAAGUUUUGAUAGUCUCAUGUUCUCAAACUAUGAUGGCGAGCGAACCAUUGAUAAAGUGUUUGAAAGAGCAGUGCGUAAAUUCGGAAAUAAUCCUUGUUUUGGAACUCGUGAACUGAUUUCCGAAUCUGAUGAAGUGGUACCUGGUGGCAAGGUAAUGAAAAAGGCGACUUUCGGUGAUUACAAAUGGGUGACACUUAAUGAAGUCAACACAAAAAUAGAGAAUGUUGCAAAAGGCAUUGGGGCGCUUGGUAUAAGUGCAGGACAAAAUGUUGCUAUAUUUAUGGAAACACAAAAAGAAUGGAUGAUUGCAGCGCAGGCAUGCUUUAGAUAUAAUUUCACUUUAGUUACCGUGUACGCGACCUUAGGCGAGGAAGGAAUUACAUACGCUCUCGCCCAAACUGAAACACAAUGCGUUAUAACAAGUGGAAAUCUUUUGGCGACCAAAUUAAAAAACUGCUUUGCUAGUUUGCCACGACUCAACACAAUCGUGUAUGUAGAUACGGGCAAUGACAUCAGUGGUAUUCCGAACAAUAUCCAAACGAAGACUUUCGCGGAAGUUGAAAAUCUGGGAAGUUCAAGAGGUCAAAAUAUCAAACGCGAGCAGACUUCUCCCGACGACUGCGCGAUCAUCAUGUACACAAGUGGAACAACUGGAAACCCGAAAGGGGUCAUGAUCAGUCACGGAAAUUUCGUGGCGGCCAUGUCUGGAAUAUCAUCCAGAAUACCUAAUUUGUCGCCAAAUGAUACAUAUAUUGCAUACUUGCCUUUGGCUCAUGUGCUCGAGCUGGCAGCUGAAUCGGUGACGUUGUGCGGGGGUGCCAGGAUUGGAUACUCUUCUCCGUUAACAGUCACUGACAAGUCUCUCCGAAUAAAACCGGGCACGAAAGGAGAUUCGUCGGCUUUACAGCCAACUUUGAUGGCCGCUGUUCCAGCAAUCAUGGAACGCAUGAGAAAGACAAUAAUGCAAACUGUUGGUGAAGCUAACUUUCUUAGACAAGGUUUAUUCAGCUUUGGCUAUUCUUACAAGCUCGGCUGCGUGAAUAAUGGUCAAGACACGCCCAUUCUAAAUAGAAUUAUAUUUAAAAACACAAGAGCAGUUCUCGGAGGUAAAGUUAGAAUAAUGCUGUCGGGCGGUGCACCACUUGAUGCUCAAACUCAGCGUUUCAUGAACGUCUGCAUGUGUUGUCCCGUCGGGCAGGGGUAUGGAUUAACAGAGACUUGUGGUGCUGGUACAAUAACACAGGUCUUAACUGACCAUUCAACUGGAACUGUUGGACCUCCUUUGCCUAGUGCAGAGUUCAAACUUGUUCCAUGGGCAGAUGGCGGUUACUUUCCAACAAACAAGCCCAAUCCCCAAGGUGAAGUGUGGAUUGGGGGUCCCAUCGUUACUCAAGGUUAUUAUAAGAAUGAGCAGAAAACAGCAGAAGAUUUUCAUGUGGAUGAAAACGGCCAACGUUGGUUUAAAACUGGUGACAUUGGAGAAAUAGCGAGCGACGGGAGCCUCAAAGUGAUUGAUCGGAAAAAAGAUCUCGUUAAAUUGUCGCAUGGAGAAUACAUUGCCGUGGGGAAUAUUGAAUCCAAAUUGAAAGCGUCGCCUAUGGUUGACAAUAUCUGGCUAUAUGCCAAUUCAAUGAAUCCAACAUCAAUGGCUUUUGUAGUUCCAAAUGAGAAGGCGUUUAGGGCGCUAGCGUUAACUAAGGGUAUCACGUCUGAAACCAUGGAAGAGAUAUGUCAGAACAAGGGCAUGGUCAAGGAGAUGGAACAAGCAAUUAAACAAGCCAGCGAUAUUGCCAAGUUGCAAAAAUUUGAGAUCCCACAGAAAUUGUGUCUGGAGCCGGAACCUUGGACCCCAGAAGCAGGGCUCAUCACCUCGGCUUUCAAGUUGAAGAGAAAAGCACUAGAGAGUCAUUACGCAGCAAAAAUAGAGGAGAACUUUCCACAUUCUUAAAAAAAUUAUCAAAAUUCGUAUAUUUGAAAACCAGUCAUAUUGAAUUUCCUAUAUCGUUUCGUGUAAUUGUUUAAAUAUUUGGCAUUUUAUUUUUGUUUAAAAGUUACCGGUUCGCUCUAAACACGUUUUGAUUGUAGUUUUUUAAAAGUUUUUGUGUCUUCUAUUUGAAAUUCUAAAGUUCUUGUUCAGUAA